GGGGAUUCGAUUUGCUUUUCCUCCAGGGUGCUGCCUUCAGUCAUUCUUAUUUUUUGAUAGAUUGGAUAGUUUAUCCUCUGUAAAAGAAAACCACAAGCUUUGACUUUCAAUAAUUCUUGGGAGUUGGGACUGGGAAGGUUUGGAUUGGAAGGGGAUAUCUAUUGGUCCUCCUUUGUGGUGAACUCGAUCUAGAUUUCUUCUGUUGCCUCAAUUUCUUUUGGCACUCCCUGUGCUUUCUUGUGGAGGAGUGUGGCCUGUUUUCUCAAGAAUUUGAGAGAAAGGAGGGAACCCAGCAUUUUCUAAGAGGCCAAUGGCGUCCUCAGCAUAGUUUUUUAAGGGGAAAUCCUCAGCGUAGCUGCAACGUUCGGAAAGAUUUAUUUGUAUUUGUCAAAAUGCAACCACGCAUUCCUGCAUUUGGGGACUGGGAGAACAGCGAGGACGUCCCUUACACACAGAAGUUCGAGGGCGCACGGAAGAACAAGAAAACAGGUGUUUACUCCAAUCCAAAUGAGCCAGGACAUCAGCAGCCUGACCCCCCUCGCAAGUCACCGCUGAACCCAUCAGCAUAUACACCUGAGCCACGAGAACAGGCUCCCAGGACUCCACUCCAUGGAAGAAGGCCUGGAGCCGAUCCCCAUCACCGCGAACCCGUGCCACGACGGCACACAAAUCCUCCGCGGGAGCAAGGGGGCAACGGUGGCAGCACUCCCAGAAGCCCUUACAGAAAUGCUGCAGGGUCUGCUUCACCGAUGCAGUCAAACAGUUCAGCAAAGCCGAGGAACAGGGCAGCUGGAAUGCACACUCCAGAGAGGAGGCCUUCGUCCGAAGCGCAGGGCCAGCACACUCCUGGAAGGGGCAGAACGAGGCAGAGCAACCAAAGCUACAAUCCUGACGAUGAAGUGGCUGUCCCACCAUUUGGUGAGUGGGAUGAGGCGAACGCGGCAUCAGGCGAAAAGUAUACGGGUAUCUUCAACAGGGUGAGGGAUGAUAAACUAUCGCCCGACUCUUCUGCCAGGCAGCAGUCAUCUGGCAAUCGCAAAGACGAAAAUAAGGUGCAACAGACAUGUCCUUGCUGCAUACUUUGACAAGAUGGGGAUACAAUCACAGAGAGUUCUGAUAAACUUCCUGGGUUACUUGUGGAACAAAUUGUCGUUCUUGUGAAGAAUUUGUCACCAAACUAUAUAUUCAUGUAUACUUUUCAAUGCUUAUUAGUCAUUACUAUUGGUGUGGGUGUGUACCUAUGAUUGCAUUGCUCUACAAUUUAUGUUCUAUGCUUAUUUGGAACAUAUAUAUGAUGCCAUUGAGAUGUGUGGAUUGUGAAGUA